CAAUGCUAACUGCUACAUACCUUCCUAGCUUACUAUCCGUCUCCACAUUUAGCAGUUUAUCAAACACGCUGUUAAAGUCAAAACGUGUAAUGUCACGGACGCAAGUGUAAACACAUUCAGACGCGCGCUUCUUUACGAAACGACCAGGCGCUUCACAGCUACCAUGUCAGGAGUGAAAAGGAAAAUAGAAGGCAACGACCCCGACUAUGAAGACGUCUCUCUGAUUCACAGCAGCAAGAGAAACAAAGCUGUGGAGUGUAGUGCACGGAAUGCAACGGUACAGAAGAUUGAGGCCAUCAUCACUGAGCAGUUUUCUUUGGAGAUGAGGAACAAAGAGCAUGAGAUAGAUGUGAUCAGCCAGCGUCUCAAUGAAGCCAGGAGGAUGAUGGACAAACUGAGGGCGUGUAUCGUCGCAAAUUACUAUGCCAACGCUGGGAUGACAAAGCUCCAGGAGGGCUCCAAGAGUGACCCAGGAGUGCUCAACCACCCCGCCAUCCGACGCUUCCUGGAGUCUCCAUCGCGCUCUUCCUCCCCUCUCAACCAGGGCUCUGAGACGCCAUCUUUGAUUCAGUCCGAGUCCGAGUCUCUGUCUCAGCAUGGAGACGGAACAGACAAGGAAACGGAGGCAGCUUGGAAAGAGGACAGUAGCAGGCAGGAACGCAGACCUGGACGCAACACGGGGAAGGACACAUUUGGCGUGCCAUUAGUUAUGGGAAAUGAACAGCGAGUGACCUAUCACACCACUGGAGAUGAGGCAUCAAGACUGUAUGCAAAGAAGACCAUCGUGGUGGGAAACGUGUCCAAAUACAUCCCUCCAGACAAACGUGAAGAGAACGACCAGUCCACACACAAGUGGAUGGUCUACGUCAGAGGCUCCAGAAGGGAACCGAGCAUCGACCACUUUGUGAAGAAAGUCUGGUUCUUUUUGCAUCCGAGCUACAAACCCAAUGACCUCGUGGAAGUGAGCGAGCCUCCCUUUCAUUUGACACGGCGUGGUUGGGGCGAGUUUCCUGUGAGGAUCCAGAUCCACUUCAAAGACCCUCGCAACAAACGUAUUGACAUUAUUCACCAGCUGAAGCUGGACAGGACAUACACUGGGCUGCAGACACUAGGUGCAGAGACUGUGGUAGAUGUUGAACUCCAUCGGGAUUCACUUGGGGAGGACUUCAUCCCUCAGCCCUCUUCUUCAAAGGUGACUCGGAGAGCAGAUAGCCCAGUGACGUCUGCGUCGCAGGCUUCAAGUCAUGGAUGCCCAACUUCGCCAGUUAAAGAGGAAUCCAGAGUAGACAAAGAUAUCAUUAAAGCAGAAAGUGGGAAGUCUGUAGGGGCUCACGGCAAUGGUCUUGCCCCAGGUGAAGUCACCCCAACCCCAAGCAAACCCAAAUCAAGUGAGAGGGUCACGCUGGGAUCCAACGGCAACUCUGCCUUCCAGCCCAUCACCACAAGCUGUAAGAUUAUUCCUCAGUCACAGACACCAAGCCCUGCUGAGUCGCCCGGGAAGUCAUUCCAACCAAUCACAAUGAGCUGUAAAAUAGUUUCAGGUUCCCCGAUAUCGACCCCGAGUCAUUCACCGUUGCCACGCACGUCUUCCUCCUCCACUCCUGUCCAAACCAAGCAGAAUUCCUCCGUUCUCAACAACCCGUAUAUCAUUGUGGACAAGCCAGGUCCUGUUAUUAGCAUGGCCUCUUCGUCCACCACGUCUACAGGAAGCCCUUCAGCCAAGCAGUCUGCAGCUCAGGGCACUCGAUCUCCAGCCCCUAAAGUUCACACUGGCACCUUGCUCUCUUCUGGAAUGAAGGUUAUUAUCAAACAAGAACCGGGGGAAGUUUCAUCACAGCAGCAGGCGGUUUCCACGACAACUAGCCAACAGCAGCCUGCUGCAACUGCAGCCCAUCAGUAUGUCACGGUGAAGGGAGGUCACAUGAUCUCCAUGUCGGCUCAGAAGCAGGCAGGAGGCGCUUCGGGCAAGAUGUUUGGCAUCCCUGUCAGCUCCACGCUUCAGUCUGCCGUCAAACAAGUAGCCAUCAGCAGUGGACAGCUUCUGGUGGCCAAGGGCAGCCCGUCUGUCUCCAAGGUGGUGGGUGGGAAACAGGUUUUGGCUCAGGGAGUCGCAAAAGCCAUAGUCAGUGGGGUUGGAGGCCUUUCUACUCAACAGGCGGCUGCCAAGGGAGCUGGUAGUUCCACCGGCAAAAGUGGAGUGAUGGCAACUCUUCAGCUGCCAGCUAACAACCUAGCUAAUUUGGCUAAUUUGCCCCCGGGGACCAAGCUCUACCUGACCACCAACAGCAAGAACCCCUCAGGGAAGGGCAAGCUGCUUCUCAUUCCUCAGGGAGCCAUCCUCCGAGCGUCCAGCGCAGGUCAGCAGUCUCAGAGUGGCUCAUCAGCAGGCACUGGAGGAACUCAGACUUCCUCUUCUUCAGGCAGCCUGCCAUCCAACCUCUCCUACACGUCAUAUAUCCUCAAACAGACCCCACAGGGCACGUUUCUUGUUGGCCAGCCAUCACAGGGCUCUGGGAAACAGGCCGGAUCCAGUGUGGCGACCUCCUCUCCUGCUACUGGUACUCAGCAGGCCAUCCGGGUCACAGCUGGGCAGAAGGCGGCAAUCCUGGCUCAGGUGGUGGGCGGAGCCCAAGGUGCGCAGGUGAAGCUGUCCGAUGGUUCUGUCAAGAUGGUUGCUGCUGGAACAGCGGGCCACUUGUCCAAGCCAGGGACCACCACGCUGAGGGUGACUACAUCUUCCUCUGGCUCCGUGAUCGCAGCACCUGCCACCAGCAAGCCGCAGGCUGCUGACAGCGGAAAGUCUUCUCAGCAUCACUCACUGCUGGUUGCAGCCAACCAAGCCGCAGUGAUCAACGCAGCCAAAAGUGCCAGUGCUUCUGCGGGCAGCAGCAUAUCCAAGACCACCGUGGCCACUCUGGUGAAAGGAGCCGCGACGCUGUCGAGAAGCGCAGCAGGUGCCACUGCUGCAGCAUCCCAAACAGCCAAAGGCGUCGCCAAUAUGCCCGCUGUCGCCACAUCGAAGUUGCAAGGAGCAGCUUCUGGACUCCCUAAAAACAGCGGCACAUCAGCGGUCACGGCAGCUGGAGCAGGAAAGACCAGCGCGACUCUCUCAGGUAUGCUGAAGAUCCACUCUGGAGGGUCCAGCUCCCAACAGACGGUCUUGACCAUCCCUGCCAACCAGCUCAAGCAGCUCGGGGUGGGCGCAGGUUCUGCAGGGCUGCAGACUAUCCUGAUGCCUGUGGGGAAAGUGGUGUCUAAAGGUCCUGUGCCCAGCUCUCCUUCCCUCCCCUCCCCCACCACCUCCACCCCUGGUGCUGCAGGAGCCUCCCCUGGUCCCGUCAGCCACGCUCCUCCCUCUCUUGCCCUUCCUCUGGCCCAAGUCAAGACCGAGCCAUGUGCCGGCACAGCUGUCACGGCCGCACCAUCACCUCCGGUCACCUCCCCCGUCCCCACAUCUGCCCAAGUGGCCACCGCUGUCAAGCAGGAACAAGGGGCAGAUCAUUCCACGCACGACUUCAUCAACACCGAGCACAUCGAGACCAUGAUGCAGCUGCUGACAGCUGUGGUGAAGCACUUCCCACUCAUCGUGCCAGAGAAAACGGAAGACUCUCAUCCCUUCUGCGCCGCGUCGAUGGAACAAUAUUAUUCCUGGAAUAUUGGAAAGCGCCGAGCCUCAGAGCUCCAGCGGGCGGUGGCGGUCAAACGUGUCAUCCAGGACGUGUUGGACCACUCCCCGCGCCUGCAGGCUCUCACGCCGCCCAAGACCAGAGAAGUGGUGCAGUGGUGCCGGCAGAGGGGGUACACACCACCCGACCCUGAACCCCAGCGCAGGCCCGACGACGAGUCCAUGGAGGACAUCCUCACGCAGAUCGACAAUGAGCCCGAGUGUCCGUCCACGCUGAGCUGCCCGGACGAGCUGCUGCUGCGGCUGGAGCAGAUGCAGGCGCUGCUGAAGACCGAGCCGGAGGAAGGGGACGACGAAAUAGUGGACAUCGUCACUGUGACUCCCCCGUGCCAGAAGCUGAAGGUCAAAGAGGAGGAGCCAGAGACAGACACCGAGCCCAAGUUCUACAUGGGCCCGUGCACGUCGGGCCAGUACGUCAGUGAAGCGGCCCAGCAGAUCGGGAUCAACAUCCAGCCCGUGGAGGUGGAGAAGAAUCUCUUUGCUCCUGUGAUAGAAGCCAUGAUACUGAAGGCCACUGAGCAGUUCGCCAGCGACGUCCUGAGAGAGUCUUUAGCCGGCGCCUUCGCCAAGUCACCGCAGAACAGAGCUCCAAAAGAGAUCACAGCCAUGAACAUCCACGAGGCCAUCUGCAGCAUCCCCACGUGUGACUUCCUCACCAACACUCACAUGGGAUACCAGGAGAAGGACGACUGAGACGGGCGACAUGAAGCUGACUGAGGAAGCGAGCGGUUCCUCCACGGCCUGUCCAGGCGCGUUCCUCUGACCAGCCUGAAUUUCAGUGUCACACUGUCCAACUCUGACCAGCGAAGGAGUUUGACGCGAAGAAUAUCUGUACCUGUAUGUGUACAAGUCAAGCUGCCUCUUAUUUAAACAUCAUCACCAUGGCAACCAAGGAUCAGCGCUUUAUUCACCCAACAGCUUUUUAACAUGGCACCAUUGAAGAUUUUUAACAGUUUUUAAAGGUCAUUUGUGCUGGAAUUCCUGGAAACCACCUUGUCUUAGAUCACACGGACAAUCUUCAGUCCCAUUUUUAAAUUUCCCCCCGAACCGAACCCGCUGGAUCAUGGCUUCUUUGUCAAGUGUCAAAGGAAUGUGAUGAGUGCGACCAACGUGUGUGGGAACUAAGAUGCGCGUGUUUGUUCAUGUCCGGUCGAAGGAAUUUGGGUGUGUAUGGUUAGCAAAUAUUGUAUUUUCAAUUUCAGUGCAAACCAAAAAUAUAAAAAAAUGAAUAUUCUUGUAAUAAACAGAGAAAAUAUUCUCCUGUCUCAACUCUUGUUUCUU